AUGGCAUCUGCGGGCGUGUUCUUGCUGGUGGCAGCCAUGCUGUGCGCGGCAGUCGUAGCCGAAGAGCCCGAGCCUCGCAGGCGCUACCCCACGCACGGAACCGGAUGGCAGCAUCAGCCCCAGUACCCGGGCGGCCGAUAUCCGUAUCAGCGCCCUUGCACCUACAGGUGCACGCUGCGACUCUGCGACCAGUACGAGUGCCACUACAGAUGCCUCCGCGGAGCCACCUGCCCGACCCUGAGUGACCUGGACGCCCGCAAGGGCCACGGCGCCGAGAUCAACGUCUCCAAGCCGCUCAAGGAGAAAGUGGACGUCUUCGACUACGUGCCGCAAUGAAUGUCCCAAUAAAAAUGCACAA